AUGGGCAACGCAUACACGGUUGAACUGCCCUGUAAGAUGCGCACGCAUUCUACGUUUUACGUUGGUCGUCUCCGCCCGUACUAUCAGUACGAGCCCGUUUCGAGAUGCGAAGAACACCUCCACGGUCGAGAGCCGAGACCACCCUCGAUUGGUCCCGUUUCAUCGAGCCAGUUUGGUCGACUAGCGAAGCGACCUGUUCACGCAGCUCAGCGAUGUCUCGACGAGCAGCAGCCAGCUCAUCACGAAGAGAACGAGUUGACUGUUCGUUCUCAAGUCGUGCAAGCGCAAACGCGGCACGAUCGUCCGAACGAUCGUGCGUUAGGGAGCUAUAAUUAUCAGCCACAAGAUCCUCAAGCCUAUAACGCCGAGAUCGUUCAUGAGCCAGGUCAUCUUGCAACUGUUCCGUUAGACGUUUCAGCUCUUAAACAUCAGCUUAGUCCGACCCUCGAGCCGGAUCAGGUGUUCCCACUUGAGAUCACCACAUUCUUUGGUGAACUCAAGCGGUGGUCAACGCUUCUGAUGGAGCGUAUUUAA